AGAUGUACAAUAACAUGGGACCUCAACCGGGGAUGCCAAGACCUCCGGGAAACCCUGAGCCCGGUCCGUUCGGGAAUCCGUUCACUGGAGCUGGCUCCGGUUUCAUCCGCGGUGGCUUGGGAGCGUACGGAGGGAGGAUUUUAGGAUCUAGCUCAGAAAUCUCUGAACCUGUCGGAGGUAGGCUCUCAUACAAGCCUCCGAUAUAUGAUAUCAAUGCGCCGGACUUAUACAUUCCGUUUAUGGCAUUUGGUACAUACGUUGUUCUUGCUGGCCUUUCACUGGGACUUAACGGAAAGUUUACACCGGAAGCUUUGAAUUGGCUGUUUGUGAAAGGAUUGGUUGGUUGGUUUUUGCAAGUGAUGCUCCUGAAGAUUACACUUCUGUCACUCGGUAGCGGAGAGGCGCCAUUGCUAGACAUUGUUGCAUAUGGAGGCUAUGCUUUUGCUGGUCUAUGUCUUGCCGGUUUUGCCAAGAUUAUGUGGGGAUACUCGUACUACGCUCUGAUGCCAUGGACGUGUUUAUGCACCGGAGUUUUCUUAGUGAAGACGAUGAAGCGUGUUCUGUUUGCUGAGGUGAGGAGUUAUGACUCGAGCAAACACCAUUACCUUCUGCUGUUUUUAGCCUUGGUCCAGUUCCCUCUUUUGAUCUGGCUUGGUAACAUU